AUGGACAGCUCAUCUAGCAUGGAGACGCCCACAGCGCCCACCAUUAACAUGCCUCAGAAUGAGCCCUCUUUGCCGCUGAAAUACGACUCUGUACAAGACUUGUCAACCUCGGCGAUGCUCGAGAGGCCGCAGUUGGCGACCAACGCAUCUGACCCUCCCGGGCUACAAAACUUUCAGAGCCCUUUGCGACAACAUAAACGGCAACCGAGCGCCCACCGCGAGAUCAAGGAAACCUUGGAUGCCCGUGUCGAGUACGCAAGCGACGAGGAUGAUGGUCGGACCUAUCACAAGAUCAACCAGUACACCAUUAUUGAGGAAGUCGGUCGCGGCUCCUAUGGGGCUGUCCACCUUGCCACUGACCAGUUUGGCACCGAAUAUGCCGUCAAAGAAUUUUCCAAAUCACGACUGCGCAAGCGCGCGCAGUCCCAAAUCCUACGCCGUGGACCCCAGGGCCGUCCCCGACGCCAGCCCUUGCGCGUCAGGAGCAACGGUCAAGUCCUGACGCCGCAGCUCGGGGGAGAGCAGCCUGGCGAGAAGGAAGAUUCCCUGCACCUCAUUAGAGAAGAGGUGGCCAUCAUGAAGAAGCUCAAUCACCCCAAUCUUGUCCAGCUCAUCGAAGUGCUCGACGACCCGGGCGAGGAUUCGCUCUACAUGGUCCUCGAAAUGUGCAAAAAGGGUGUCGCCAUGAAGGUUGGCCUUGACGACCAAGCAGAUCCGUAUAGCGACGAUGUAUGCCGCUACUACUUUCGCGAUCUCAUCCUGGCCAUUGAAUAUUUACACUCACAGUCCAUUAUUCAUCGCGACAUCAAGCCAGACAAUCUCCUCGUGGCAGCAGACGACACUCUCAAAGUCAGCGACUUUGGUGUAUCAGAAAUGUUUGAGAAACCUGACCACAUGAAGAUUAAGAAGUCAGCAGGGUCUCCUGCGUUCCUGGCGCCGGAGCUAUGCAGCCCUCACGGCGAGGUGUCGGGCACUGCCGCCGACAUCUGGUCUAUGGGUGUAUGCUUGUACUGCUUUCGCUACGGCAAGAUUCCCUUCAAUCGUGUGAGCGUGCUGGAAAUGUACGAGGCGAUCCAAACGGAACAGCCCAAAAUACCUGAUGGCGAAGAUCCGGCCUUUGUCGACAUACUGGAGAGGCUUCUCAAGAAGGACCCCGAACAGCGCAUCACAAUGGCCGAGCUUCGUGAGCACCAAUGGAUCACGAAAGACGGUACAGACACUCUACUCUCCGAGGAGGAGAAUUGUGCGCACAAGGUGGACCCGCCCAACGAGCUUGAGAUCAGCCGGGCUUUUACAAGAAAGAUGGACAACGUAUUCUGCGUGCUCAAGGCCAUUUCCAAAUUCAAGUCGCUCCUGUCUGAUCGACGGGCCUCGAGGAGCCCCGUCGUGACGGACGAGAUCGGGGAUGGGACGUUUGACCCCGCCGAGGAAAAGGCGCGCGCCGAGGAGAUUGAGGCGCUCCUCGCCCAGCGCCGCGAGGUGCUGAGUAGACGCACCCGCGACAGCACUGGUGACAGUGAUGACAGUACCGCCGGCAAGGGCCACGCCAAGGAUAUUAGCGAUCAGGAGCCGCUCUACCUCGGCAUUGGCACGAGCUCCCGGCACGCGUUCUACCUCGACGACGAGUCGGCUGAUGACGUGGUGGCCGACUCGCCGAGCGCCGUCGACUACAACAUUUAUGACCGCGCCUACGAGCAGGCCAUCAAGGACCGGCUCAGCGCGAACCCGGCCGCACGGCCCGUCAUGUACCUGACCAAGUUUGUCAGGGAGACGGACCACUUCAAGUCGUUUGAAAACAUCGUCGAGGGCACCAUCUUCUCGCCGGCUGCCGUGCGCGAGCAGAUGCGCGAGACGCGAGCGAGCCUCCACGAGCACUUUACCUCGCCCUCGACGAACAAGCUCGGGCGGCUCGUCGCCAAGAUGGGCCUCACGGACCCCCCGCUGGCCGAUGGCGCCGUCAGCGCCCUCGUGGCACCGAACGAUGACGCAGACGACGCUGAGCCACCGCCAGCCGCUUCGGCGGACGACGCCGCGCAUCCCGCGCUGGAGAAGCUCGUGGAGAGCGAUGCGGCCGACAAGGCUUCGACAGCGAGCGAGUCCGCCGCCGCCGCAACCGGCUCGUCCUGA